AUGGCUCAACGCGAACGUCCUCUCAAGGACUAUGCCGUUCCCUCCGAAGAGGAACCUCAUUCGAGUAUCGCGCCCCCUAACAUCGAAGCAAGGAACUUCGAAUUGAAACCUGCGCUGUUGCAAAUCGUGCAACAAAACCAAUUCUCUGGUUCGCCCACGGAGGAUCCGAACCUCCACCUCUCGGUGUUUGUGCAGUACGCAGACACAAUAAAAGCCAAUGGUGUUGAACCCGAAGCAAUACGACUCCGCCUUUUCCCGUUCUCUUUAAGAGAUAGAGCUAGAGCUUGGCUUCAAGCUUUACCUACAAACUCCAUCACUACAUGGAACGAAUUGAAGAAACAAUUCUUGGCCAGAUAUUUUCCGCCAAGUAAGACAGCUAUGUUAAGAGCCCAAAUCAACGGAUUUAGGCAAAAAGAAGGAGAAUCACUCUUCGAAGCUUGGGAAAGAUACAAGGAUAUGAUGAGACUCUGUCCACACCACGGUUUAGAACAAUGGCUUAUUAUCCAUACCUUCUACAAUGGGCUGCUAUAUAACACUAGACUUACCAUUGAUGCAGCCGCCGGCGGAGCACUGAUGGAUAAACCUUACCAAGAAGCCACCCAGCUUAUAGAAAACAUGGCCCAAAACCAUUAUCAAUGGGGAAGCGAACGCGCUGCCAUAGAGAAAUCCCAGACAAAAGGCGGUAUGUACGAAGUAAGCGGCAUAGACCAUGUCAAUGCCAAAAUAGAAGCCCUUUCUCAAAAGAUAGAGAGUUUAACUCUAUCUCCCGCUGCUACCAUAGCCGCAGUACAACCGAACUGCGAACUAUGUGGAGUUCCUGGACACAUAACCUCUGAAUGUCAAUUACUGGCCGGACUCGACCAAGCAAAUUGCUUCCAAAACCAAAUAGGAGUCCCUGUUGCUCCCGUUGCCCCUCAAAAGUCAAACUUUGAACUUAUGAUGGAGAAUUUUGUCCUAGCUCAGACUCAACAAAAUAAGGAAUUCAUGAACCAAAAUAUUCACACUAAUGAGUUGAUUAAGCAAUUAGCUAACAAAAUCGAUUCCAUUUCCACUCAUAAUAAGAUGCUAGAAACUCAAAUUUCUCAAGUGGCUCAACAACAGGCAGCUACAGCUGCCCUAGCCGGAACAUUACUCGGCCAACCGCAAUCGAAUCCCAAGUGCCACGUUAACGCUAUAACACUACAAAGCGGAACAGAGUUAGAAGACCCCGCUGCUAAAAGAGUUAGAGCGAGAGACUUAGGAAAAAUUGUAGAGAAAGACUCGGAGAGUGUAACUGACAAGGACACUGAGAGAGAACCGAUAGCAGUGGAGGAUGGACAAACAUCGCAGGCCAAAGAGGUGAUUGAGAAUGAUCAAGAAAAACCAUAUGUACCCCCUCCUCCUUACAAACCUCCUAUCCCAUAUCCUCAAAGACUUGCCAAAUCUAAGAAUCCGGGGCAAUUUGAGAAAUUUAUCGAGAUGCUCAAAAGGCUUCAUAUUGACAUACCCUUCAUUGAGGCUAUAACCCAAAUACCUUCCUAUGCCAAAUUCUUAAAAGAAAUUCUUUCAAACAAGCGAAAGAUUGAAGACAUUGGGCAAGUUGAAUGCAAUGCAAUUAGUGAAAACAAGCUAGCCCCAAAACUCGAGGACCCAGGAAACUUUUCUAUUCCUUGCGUUGUUGGCAGAUAUGUCAUAGAUAAAGCCCUUUGUGAUUUAGGAGCAAGUGUAAGUUUGAUGCCUCUAUCUAUCUGCAAGAGGCUCGGACUUGGAGAGUUAAAACCUACUAAGAUGUCCUUACAGUUGGCUGACAGGUCUAUCAAAUACCCAUUAGGAAUACUGGAAAAUGUUCCAGUAAGGAUCGGCAAACUGUUUAUCCCUACUGAUUUUGUGAUCAUGGACAUCAGGGAAGACAUUGAUAUUCCCAUUCUGUUAGGUAGACCUUUCUUAGCUACUGCGGGCGCUAUAAUAAAUGUAAAGAAAGGGAAGCUUACCUUUGAGGUUGGGGAUGAGAAAAUCGAGUUUAUACUGUCUCAAUUCACGAAAGGCCCCACCUUCAAGAACUCUUGUUGUAGACUCGAGAAAGUUGAAGGACAUAUCGAUAAACCCACCUAUGAACAAGUCCCUCCCGACAUCCUAAAACCCCGCCCAGUAAAUGAUAUCUUCCAGGAUAUAAAACACAAGAAGGGUCAGUAUUAUGAGAAUGUGCUAGGUGGAUUUCCCGAUACUCACGACCAGAUUUUUAAAGAAUGCCAAAUGCUGGCACAUGGGAAGAUUCACACUGUAAAGAAGAAACCUUCACCUCCUCUCACUAGAAAGAAAGCAAAAGGGAAAGAACCUAUGAGAUGGUUUGAUGUGUUCAAAUGGAUCUCUAAGGAUGUUGAGUACAGUGUUAAGGAUGUCAGUCUGAAAGAGGCGCCCUCUUGA